AUGAAGCAUGAACAAGCAAGAGGAUCAUCUCAAUUAAAGUCCAUCAGGGACAGUACAGCUGGCAAUGCUUUGGCAACAAAGAACAAACAACCAAUACAAUCAAAGAAGGUAGAAAGCGUAAAAAGAAUCAAUCUCAGCAAUACUGACCUUUCUUCUUUUGAUUUUAAUCAGCUGUUUUCGUAUGAACUUGAAAGCAUGCCAAUGAUGAGAAGUUUAGAAUCAAUUACUUUUGGAUUCAAUAAGGUUACCGAUUGGGAAGAUCUGAAAGAUCUCGAGAGUUUAGACUUGUCAAAGAAUCCUAUCGUUGAAACGAACAAAUUUACAGAGUUAUCUGUGGCUCUUUUUGAUAACCUCAAAGAACUCAAUAGAGAAGCAUUGUCAGAAGAAUUACUAAAAACUGCCGAAAAGUACAAAGGAAAAAUUGCACAAGCUGUUAGAUAUGGUAUGAUGAUUCCUAAAGACGAAAACUUAGAGGAUAUCAACAAUUUAUUAGCCUACACAGAAGAAUGGCUUUUGAGUUUUUACAGAGAUAUUUCUAAAACAACACCAUUCCACCUUCUUUCUUAUACCUUUGACCCAAUUCAACCUGUACAAGAUAUAGACUGCCGAUUCUUUAGCGUCUUUUAUGUUAAUACAAGAGAUAUUAUUUCGUUGAAAGCAGAAGGAAUGGGAUUGCUGACAUUCAACAAUUCGAACGGAGAAUGGACGAAUAUGGUGUUUGAUGGGUCGUCAAUGUGUAUUAACAUUGAACAUUAUAAGGGGAUAUAA